GGCACGCCCACAAUUCAACAAAAGCCCGCGAAUGAAGGACUAGGCUGGGGCCGGUGGGGAAGUGCCUUGCUGAUUGCCGUUUAUGUCUCUCCCUCGGAGUCUUCGUCCCACUCUGCCAUUUCAAUCCCUCCUUCUCCCAGCAAGCUCCUCUCUCCAGACCCUAACACCAGACAACUUGUCGGGGUAGGGUUUUUGUACGGUUGUGACAUUUAUCUUAGCUGGAAUUCGGGUGAUCAAAAUUCUCUCAGGAUGGCCCAUAGUUCAACCUCUUCACACAAGUGGCUUCUGGUCAAGCUGCCACACCCGUUUCUGACCACAUAUCGAGUGCUCACCGUUGCAGAAACAAAGCCAGCCAGAUUCAUCUUAACACAUGAGAGUCAGCCCGCGGAAGGACAACCACCGCCGAAACCGUUACAUAGCGACUCGCUCUCGUGGCAGGAACUGUUGUUCAAACCGAAGGAGCAGGUCCCGCCCAUCUCUAACAACAGCGCUUGGGCACGAGCAGUCCGGAGUCCUCACACAACGUUCGAAUGGGUGGGAAGCAGUCCGCCCUCCCUUGGUCAGAUCUGGAAUGUUGUUCAUGCGAUAUAUCUCGCCCAUCCCACCUAUGAGUACUUCAGACUCAGUCUGUCUGGCGCAGGAAAGGAUGUCAUUCGCCACGAACUACUUUCCACAGGCUUAGGUAUCGAACACCCCAAGCCAUGGCGCCCCAACGACGACAUGAAUGCACAGUCUGACGAGCUGCUGAUCCUCCGAAGCUCGUUCUGGCAAGGGGCAGCUUCUCCAACGGGACCUCGUCCGAUCUGGGUCGUGGGAGACGGCACGGAUGGUCCUUCACGCGAGCCUCUGGCCCAGUAUCCCAUCAUGCCUGAGAACUAUCACUUCACCAUGAAGUUCCCCGAGGAGCCCAUCUAUGCGCGUCAUCCGAUCCGUCGGCCCAAGCCACAUCCAGGAUCAAUCGCCUACAGUCGCUACAUACCGGAGCUGGACGAGCACUUUUCCCUGGAGGUCGUCAACUGGCAAGACCCGGAGCACCUGAGACUCUUCAAUACGUGGCAGAACGACCCGCGUGUUGCGGCAGGGUGGAACGAGACAGGGACUUUGGAGCAGCAUCGCGAGUACCUGCGCAAGCUGUGGGUUGACCCGCACGUCCUUUGCUUGUUCGGGCGCUUCAACAACGCCCGCUUUGCUUAUUUCGAGCUGUACUGGGCAAAGGAAGACCACUAUGGCGCCCAUUACGACGCCGGCGACUACGACCGGGGCCGCCACUCGCUCGUGGGCGACGCAUCAUUCCGCGGCUCCCACCGCGUCAACGCGUGGUAUUCCAGCUGCAUCCACUACGUCUUUCUGGACGACCCGCGCACCGCCAACGCCGUGGGCGAGCCCAAGGCCACGGGCGCGACGAUCCUGUCCUACGAGAACUCCCAAGGCCUCGUCAUCGGCAAGUACGUCGACCUCGGCCACAAGCGCUCGGUGCAUUCGAUUGCGAGCCGGGAGAAAUGGUUCCAAUUGUGUCCGCUCUUCUGGGACGGGCGGGAGAAGCCGCUGGAGUCGGCAGACCGAGCGGCCUGGAACGCUAAGCUGUAGCCUUUUAUGAGGAGUCAAAAUUGCGAAUAGUUGAUUGACAAUUGUCAAAAAAAGAUUCUUUUGUUUUCUAGUCCCUGUGAUCCCUGACAAUGUGACAUCCUAGAUUUCUU